AUGCAGCUCAUCCCUCGAGAGAUCGAUAAGCUCACCAUCUCCAACCUGGGCUUCUUGGCUCAGCGCAGAUUGGCUCGCGGCGUGCGCUUGAACCAUGCAGAGGCGACGGCCCUGAUCGCGUCCAAUCUCCAAGAGCUUAUUCGCGAUGGAAAUCACUCCGUGGCAGAUCUCAUGUCAAUUGGCAAGGAGAUGCUUGGGCGUCGCCAUGUCCUUCCAGGCGUCGUGGCCACACUGAGCCAGAUCCAGGUUGAAGGCACUUUUCCAACCGGAACGAACCUCGUCACUGUCGUGAAUCCUGUCAGCUCAGACGAUGGAAAUCUAGAGAAAGCUCUCUACGGCAGUUUCCUGCCUGUGCCGCCAAUGGAUGCUUUUCCGGAUCCCAAUCCGGAUGAUUAUCAGCCGGAGAAGAUGCCCGGCGCGUUAAUACCAGUCAAAACCAAUAAGAAGAUCGAGCUGAACGCCGGGAGAAAUAGAAUCAUGCUCAAAGUGACAAGUCGAGGAGAUCGGCCAGUUCAGGUCGGCUCGCACUAUCAUUUUAUAGAGGUAAACCCGCAACUGGAUUUCGAUCGUGCAAAAGCUUAUGGUUAUCGGCUCGAUAUUCCAGCUGGGACGUCCAUCCGCUUUGAACCCGGCGCCACCAAGUCAGUUCCUCUCGUUGAAAUCGGCGGCAUUCGGUUCAUUCGGGGAGGCAAUGCUAUGGCAUCUGGACUGCUGGAUUACCGGCGAGUUGACGAGAUCCUGAUGAAACUCCAAAAGGCUGGAUUUGCGUAUACCCCAGAGCCGAAAGCAGGCCCGCAGUUAAUCGAACCUUGCUCGAUGACGCGCGAGGCAUAUGCUCGCAUGUUUGGCCCGACCACAGGAGAUUUGGUCAGACUUGGAUCGACGAAUUUAUGGGUGAAAGUCGAGAAAGAUCUGACUCGCUAUGGUGAUGAAAGCUCCUUUGGUGGAGGUAAAUCUAUCCGAGAUGGCAUGGGACAAGCUACAGGAAGGCACUCUGCAGAUACCUUGGACGCUGUCGUGACCAACGCACUGGUCAUCGACUGGACUGGUAUUUACAAGGCUGAUAUCGGCAUAAAGGACGGGCUUAUAUGUGGAGUCGGCCAAGCGGGAAAUCCGGACGUGAUGGACGGCGUGACUCCGAACAUGAUAAUCGGCUCUACCACCGAUGUUAUCUCGGGGGAAGCAAAGAUCGUGACUGCGGGAGGAAUUGACACGCAUGUACACUUUAUAUGCCCGCAGCAGGUGGAGGAAGCCCUCGCCUCUGGCGUUACCACAAUGCUUGGUGGUGGCACUGGUCCUACUGAGGGUUCUAACGCAACCACAUGUACGCCGGCUCCCAAUCAUUUCAAGAGGAUGAUGCAAGCCUGUGACCGUUUACCCAUGAACAUCGCCUUGACCGGAAAGGGUAAUGAUAGCGGCCUCCCAUCCCUACGAGACCAAUGCCGUGCGGGGGCUGCCGGACUGAAAGUGCACGAGGAUUGGGGUGCAACGCCAGCUGCUAUUGAUACCUGUCUCAAGGUUUGCGACGAGUACGAUAUUCAGUGCCUAAUCCAUACCGACACAUUGAAUGAAUCUGGCUUUGUUGAACAAACCAUCAAGGCCAUCAAUGGCCGAGUCCUCCACACAUAUCACACUGAAGGUGCCGGAGGAGGUCACGCUCCAGAUAUUAUAUCCGUGGUCGAGCAUCCAAACGUUCUUCCUAGUAGCACAAACCCCACGCGGCCAUUCACAACCAAUACUCUCGACGAACAUCUUGACAUGGUCAUGGUCUGUCAUCAUCUGUCCAAAGACAUACCGGAAGAUGUCGCCUUCGCAGAAAGCCGCAUUCGAUCCGAGACUAUCGCUGCCGAAGAUGUGCUCCACGACAUGGGAGCGAUCAGCAUGCUCUCGUCGGACUCGCAAGCCAUGGGCCGCUGUGGAGAGGUGGUUACUCGAACAUGGACCACGGCCCAUAAGAACAAACUGCAGCGUGGGCCUCUCAAGGAAGACGAAGGUACAGGCGCUGAUAAUUUCAGAGUCAAGCGCUAUAUUAGCAAGUACACCAUCAAUCCUGCUAUUGCGCAGGGAAUGGCCCAUACCAUCGGGAGCGUGGAAGUUGGGAAGACCGCUGAUCUGGUUCUGUGGAAGUUUGCGAAUUUUGGAACGAAGCCGAGUAUGAUAUUGAAAUCAGGAAUGGUUGCUGCGUCUCAUAUGGGUGACCCUAACGGCUCCAUCCCGACCAUCGAGCCCAUUAUUAUGAGGCCAAGUUACGCUAGCCUUACCCCUCAAGCCUCGAUCAUGUUCGUAUCCGAAGCAUCCAUCAAGCUCGGCAUCAUCAGCAGCUAUAAUCUGCAAAAGCGCAUCGAAUCAGUGAAGAACUGUCGAAAUGUUAGUAAACGCGAUAUGAAAUACAAUGACACGAUGCCUAAAAUGAGGGUCGACCCGGAGAGUUAUGUCGUUGAGGCGGAUGGGGAAGUGUGCACGGCUGAUCCAGUGUCGGAAUUGCCGUUGACGCAGGAGUGUUAUGUGUAUUAA